UCUCUCCUCGCUCUCUCUCUUACAACUUGUAGCUUUUGCCACCUCUUCUCUUCUUUUCUUCUCCUCUCGGAGGAGAAAAGGAUUGCACAAAUAUAGAAAGAGAGCAGCAGCACCCACACUCAAUACCGUUUUCGAGUUUCAACGCCACACCAAAAAGGAAAACAAAAAAAGUAAAAUUCUCUCUUCGUCUCCAUUCUAGGGUUUUCGCUUCCGCCAUUGUCACGUACAUUCAGACAUUCUCUUCGCCUUCGUACUCCGCGAGCAUUGCUCCGAGCUCCCUGAGUUCGCACUCGUCACUGAUUCGGAUUUCCCGAUUUCGUCUCGGUUUGGGUAAUUACGAAGGAUUUUAUCGGUUUUGUUUGAAGGAUUUCUUGUGCACGGACUCAAGCUUGAACCUUUUGAUAGGGUUUUGGAUUGUAUUACACUUUUAUGGGCGUGUAUAUUGCGUUUCGGUAAUUGCGAAGGAUUUUAUCGGUUUUGUUUGAAGGAUUUCUUGUGCACGGACUCAAGGUGAGAUAUAUACAAGUCUCAAUGGUAUGCUCACUUGGAAGUGGGAGGAUGGCGGUGAUGGCAAGGCUUCUUGCAUCGGGGAGUGUCACACAAAGCAUAGCAGAGGAAGUUGGCCAUCAGAAGUUUGAUGCUCAAAUGAUUUGCAGAGAGUUAAGUGACGCGAAUGAAGCAAAUUUGCUUGACGAAGAAGAUAUGCAUGUGUUUGGUUUGAAGCCGAUGGAUGAUCCUUUGCAUUUGGUAUGUUGCAAUGCUUGUAAAAGACCAGUCAAGGCCAGUCAAUAUGUGGCACAUGCAGAACUUUGUAGGUCAUUAAAUGCUAUGCAAGAAACUACUUUGGAGCCUGAUGGAAGUAUGGGACAAAGGAAACCUCCAAGGAAGGAGAAGAAAAAGUUGUUAACUGCUUAUGCUAACCAGUCCACAUCAGUUGGGGAGCUAGAAAGAUCUGAGUCUGUAGAAGCAGAUGAUAUUGCUGUAUCACAACCCCAGUUGGAUGGGCAAAUCGGAAUGAAUUCUUGCUGUUUUAUGGAGACAAAAAGGAAUUCAGCCUAUGUAGAUGCGACAUAUAUGAUGGAUGGUUCAGGAGUUAGUCCUGGAAAUACCAAUGGCUCAACAUGUGUGAUGCUUCCUCCAACAAAACGGUCUAAAAUGGUAGCAGGUGAGCAGCUGCCACUAUCAGAUGAUAUAGGAAUAGUAUCUGCUGUAUCAAAACUUACAAGCACUCAGGAUGCAUGCCCCUAUAGGGAUUCUUCAAAAGGAGUCAUUUCUGUAAGUGAAAUACCUAAUGACUCUGCCCUUAAAUAUAAGAAGUCUGGGCAAGCCCUUGAAUGCUGCAUGCCAAUUAAAGAUUGCCCUCUUCCCCUUGCUACUAAAGUAUAUUACUCUCAAAAAAGCAAUCGUCUUCGAUCAGCACUUUGCCAUCUUUACCAUGAGGCAGUGGCAUCAACUAAGGAGCUGUGUAGUGACAUGAUACUUAUUGCAAAACAGAGAGACUCACAGUCUUUACCUUCCAUGAGGAAACCUGAUCAAAUUCUUGCCCAAAAUUCAGAAGUUUGCUUGGGGAACUCAGUAGGUUCCCUGCCUGAUGGCGACUUCUCAAAUCAGUUUCCUGUUGAUAAUGUUCCAAUUCCUCAGGUUGCUGGUGUUGGUUUAACAAGAAGCAAAAUUCUUUCAAAACCUUAUUCUUUUGCGGGUAGCUCAGGACAAUCACUGGGGACCAUGCAACAGCAAAAUGGUAGUGUUCACGUUAUAUAGGAAUCCUGGUAGGAAUUUUUGGCUCGGUGAAGGUUUAAUUUUAACCUAAUGCUUGAGGUUAGGACUUAGGAUUCUUUUUUUGAUAUUAACUAAGCUUAUCUUUAAAAUGUUCAUUCUAGGCCUCUACAUUCUAGUCAAUGACUGACCUAUAUUUAGAUAUCAAUUGCUGUGCAUUUCAAUUUUAAGUUUCUGUCAGAAGAUAUGCUACUCUCGAAUUUGUAAAUACAACUACUUCUAGUCUUUUAAUCGGUUUAUAUUUUUAUUGUUCCGUUAGUUUGGUUAA